AUGCUCUUCUGCAGCCGUUAUUACAGCCGUUUGGCAAUCACGACACAGAGCUGUGCCACUAUAUAUGCAAAAAUAAUAAAUGCGGAACAUAUUGUGAAAUGUGAUGUUAUCGUUGAUGAUAUUCAUCGGAUUGAGAUAAGCACAACUACACAAGAGUUGUAUCUUCACAACACUCCAGUGUCACUUGUGGUGACUGCAUAUGAUGAAUUCGGGAACACAUUCUCAUCUCUAGAAGGGGUACCAUUCGAAUGGCGUAUAUUUGAAGAUAGAUACGAAGAAUUUGGAGACACUCAGGGAGUUUUAAGAUUCAUUACUUGGAGUGAGUCAGAAUACACUACCCCAAGUACAAUGGCUCUACUAGAGUCGAAAGGAAUGCAGGGCUACAUGCAACUUAUAAGUGGCUUACGCACUGGCUCAGCUGUCGUCAGUGUGGUUUUGCAGGAGUCAAUCUACAGAAGUGUUGCACCUUGUCAAGUUCGUCUUCUUGUUAUGGCGAAUGCGCAGUUGAGUCCAGCAUUGGCAUAUCUUAUUCCGAAUUCAGUACUAACCUUUACAGUGCAUGUAAUCCAGCAGGGUGAUGACCAGGAGGUGUCUAUGCCGUCUCUUCAGUAUCGUUUACAGGUAAACGAUACAAAUUUAGCCGUUCUCAGUCCACUUGAUGGUUGUACUCUUAAAGCUCUAAAUUAUGGACAAACUGAAGUUACACUUCUUGACCGCAAUGUCGAAGAAGCUCUAGAGAGUUUGGAUAAAGUUUUGAACUCAAAGGUCGAGGAACCAGAUCUCCGUUUGCCAAAACGAAGACGUCCAACUUCGUUAAUACAGAUUGUUGAACCUGCUUAUUUGGGUUUCACACUCUUACAAAAGUUUACUAAUAAACACUCAGAUAUAUGUCAGUUGGCAGCAUUCUUAAGUUCAGGAUCAUAUGUCAACCAGAUUGGAACCGGCUCUUAUACUCCUAUUCGAAGAUGGAUUAUGGAAUCAGGAAAAGUCUAUGUGGUUAGCGUAGAUAUAUAUGAUCGCAAUAAUCACCGUUUAUAUCCAUCAGACAAUCUGCGCCUAAGUCUCCAUUUCCCAGAAAGUCAUUUUGAGAUCUUACAAUCUUCAUCCAAUCAGACUUAUGUCGUUAUUGAGGCAUCCUCAUCUGGUUCAGUGUCUCUCAAAGCUGUUUUAAAAGGCGUCAUUGACGAGGAUGGAAACGUUAUUGAAUUCAAUUCAGUUAUAACGGGUAGUCAAGAUGUGACUAUUUACUCGCCAAUUAAAAUUCAUCCAGCGUCGAUUAUUUUACCGUGGUCUACAGAGGUAACAUCAACACAAUCUAAUAUCACACUUGCAAAUUCUGGUUAUCAAAUUCACGCUAGUGGGGGAUGUGGUCAGUAUAGAUGGACAGCUUUAUCUACUUAUGCAUUAGAACAUUAUUCUGAUACAGGCAAAUUACCAAGCACUGAGUUAUUGACAGAUACUGUCGUAUCUAUUACCAAAACAGGUAUUCUGUCAGCUUUGAAUCUUGGUGAAUCUGUCAUAGUCGCAUCUAGCUCUUCAAAUCCGCAAUUGUGUGGAUAUACUAUUGCUCAUGUACGUUCACCCGCUGAAAUGAAGUUCGUCCCUGGACAUAAUGAAGUUUUGAUUCCAUCUCGUCGUAAGAUCACUUUUACAGAUGAAUCAAGCGGUUAUUCUAAUCAACCAACCAAUUCAGAAUGGAGUGUACGUAAUCUGACUACUUUAGAGUCUAACCUAGAACGCUUGGCAAUUGGAUUGGCUGUUCUUGAUUCUGAAGGUCAAAGUAUGACCGACUGUACACAGCUCAAAAUUGAAGUACAUGCAGUUGACCCUUCUGUCGUGAGAAUUCUUCCAGGUUUUUACUCGCCACGAUUGAAUUCAUCUACUGAGUACGGACCAUUCGAUUUAAAGGAAUGUUUACAUUUCUAUGUGGUUGGAGUCAAUGUUGGCUACACAGAAAUAAGAGCAGUUUACAAUCCUUCACCAGUUGACAUGUUUGAUGAUUCUUUAACUAUUACUUCGCGCAUUCCUGUUGCCUCCUAUCGUAAAAUCAAUUUCAUUGAUCCUACAUCUGAAACCACUUCUGUUGCAUUGGGUUCAACUCGAGGUAUACUGGUUACCCAAGGACCGCAACCGUGGCCUCUUCAGCCAUCAGAACAUUAUAUUAAAGUUUUUGCUCAACCUGACUCAGAUAAGGAUGUUUCAUUACUUCCAACAUUGGUCGAUGAACCACACUUCUUGAAAAAAAACGUUUACAAAAGCAACAGUAUAGAAAAGGAUACUAAGUCAUCAGUUCAUAGUUCUGCUAAUGAUCAGACAGAUGGUCAAACUCGUCUAAUUUCCUUCAAUCUUCGAUGUGAAGAGAUUGGAGUCUUUGAGUUUGUUAUUGAAAUUGGGAAUCAUCCUACAUCUACCAAUCCACAUCCUAUGGUUUUAUCAUCCAAGUUCACGAUAAUGUGUGAUGUUGCAGUUAGUUUCAGUUGA